AUGGAGAGAUUGAAAACGCCUGGUAAAGUAAUUAAAGUAAUAUUCAAUUGGACCUCAAAACUAUUCAAUAAUAAAAAAGCAUCAAAAAAGCAAAAAACUGUAGACGAUGAAAAUAAUAGUAAAUCAAAAUCAAAAUUAUUUCAUACUUUAUCAAAAAGGCAAAAUACGACAAGUAGAGGUUUAAACUUAUCAAAUAGUUCUGAUUCCAAGAAACGUUCGAAUUCAGCUUCAAAUUCAAAUGCAAAUUCAAAUUCAGUUACUACGAAUUCUUCACUAACUGAUCCAAUAGUAAAGGCAUACUUCAAUAAAAAAUUAUCAAAUGUAGCAGAUAAUUCACAAAUUUCAAAAGCAACUGUUGUAUCAAUUCCAAUUAAAAAUAGAAACUCGAGUGAUUAUAUAAACAAUUCAUUGCCUAAUAUUAAUUUAACUCCCUCAAUUAGAAAAAUUGAAACAAAAGAAGUAGAAAAUAAUACAAGUGUUCCUUCAAAAAAUAAUAAUAAUCAAAUUCCAAUUAGUAUCCUUCACUCAAAUACCGAUUUUUCAGACGCCAUUAGUACGAUCAGUACUUCCAAAAGUAAAAAUAGUUUCCCUAGUAAGGGAACCGGUACAAUUGGGUCUGAACAAUUUGAGAAUCAUCAUAUAUCCUAUCCGUUUGAUGUUAGGCUGAAAAAUGAAUACGAAUAUGAAAAUCAUACUGUUAUUGUUUCCCCAUUGGAUUUGGUCGAAGAUUGUCAAAUCUUGAGGAUAAAGUCUAAACAUCAAAAUAAGCCAUUCACUCAAGGUGAAACAUUGUUCAAAAUGAAACGGGAAAAAUGGCUAUCGCCUAGAAAAGUAAAACAAAAACAUCAUAAACAUCAUUCUUCAAGUCAAAUUCAGCAUCCUUUAAGUUCUCAUUCUCAUCAGCUGAUAUCCGAUCUAACUAAUAAGCAUGCAUUAAAUAGAAAAAUGUUCAAAGAAAUAGACUACCAUUCGUAUCAUAAAUUAUAUGCCAAGUUAAUUAUUAAUGAAGAGCCAUUAUCACACGCUAUGAAUUUACAAGAUUUACUGACAGUACUUAAUUCUGAAUGGAAAUUCUAA